AUGUCGUGGAGAAACCAGGGAAUCACGGGUUCCAACAACAUCCCGUUGGGGAAGCGCCGGUUCGGCGGCGAUGAUGGUGGUGAAGAGGAGUUCCAGGAAGCUCCCCCAAGCAAUGGCAACGGAGAGCUGAAGCGCGGUCGCAGCCCAGAGCCUCGCACCGAUGCCGAUGGCCCACGCCGCAGAAAGAAGAGAAACCGUUGGGGCGACGCGUCCGAAAACAAGGCUGCCGGAUUGAUGGGCUUGACGACGGCCAUCACGGCGAACAUGACCGGCGAGCAGUUGGAGGCUUACACCCUUCAUCUCCGUAUUACGGAAAUUAGCCAGAAGCUUCGCAUCGACGACGUCGUUCCCGCGGAUGGAGACAGAUCACCCUCUCCUGCUCCUCAGUACGAUAACCAUGGUCGCCGUAUCAACACGCGCGAGUACCGAUACCGCAAGCGCCUCGAAGACGAGCGCCACAAACUCAUCGAAAAGGCCAUGAAGACCAUCCCUAACUACCACCCGCCACAGGACUACCGCAGGCCCACCAAGACCCAAGAGAAGGUCUAUGUGCCUGUUAACGAUUACCCAGAAAUUAACUUCAUCGGCUUACUUAUCGGACCCCGUGGCAACACUUUGAAGAAGAUGGAGGGAGAAUCUGGCGCCAAGAUUGCCAUUCGCGGCAAGGGCUCAGUCAAGGAGGGCAAGGGUCGUUCGGACGCAGCUCACGCCAGCAACCAGGAGGAGGACCUUCACUGUCUCAUUAUGGCCGAUACAGAGGAGAAGGUCAACAAGGCCAAGAAACUCAUCCACAACGUCAUUGAAACCGCCGCGUCCAUUCCCGAAGGACAAAAUGAGCUCAAGCGCAACCAGCUUCGCGAGCUUGCUGCCCUCAACGGUACCCUCCGUGACGACGAGAACCAGGCCUGCCAGAACUGCGGCCAGAUCGGCCAUCGCAAGUACGACUGCCCCGAGCGCCAGAAUUACACUGCCAGCAUCAUCUGCCGCGUCUGUGGCAACGCCGGACACAUGGCUAGAGAUUGUCCCGAUAGACAGAAGGGAGCCAGCUGGCGCAAUGACGGUGCCGGCAGAGCUGGCUCGGCUGGCCGUAUUGAAGGCGGAGACGCGGUCGACCGCGAGUACGAGCAACUUAUGCAAGAACUCGGCGGCGGCUCAGCCGGUGGCGCUGCACCUGCACGUAUCGAAGCCGGCCCUGGUUCCUACAAUAACAACGGACCCAGCGGCGGUGAUGCGAAGCCCUGGCAGCGUGGUCCCACCGGCGGUCCUGCUCCUUGGCGCAGCCGUAACAACGACUCGCGUGAUGAUCGCGAUCGUGGUGACCGCGACCGUGACGGUGGCGGUGGCGGCGGCGGCGGCGGCGGCGGUCCUGCUCCUUGGGCCCGUGAUCGUAACCGUCGCGAUGACCAUGGAGGUGGCCACAAUGGCGGCCACGGCGGCUACGGCGGUGGUGAUCACUAUGGCGGCGGCGGCCAAGGUGGUUACGGUGGUCAAUCUGCUGGCGCUGCUCCCGGUGCCGCUCCUUGGCAUCAGCCUCCCGGAACCCAGAACGGGUACGGCGGUUACGGUGGAUACCCGGGAUACGGUGCUCCUCCCGGCAUGGCUGCACCGCCAUCUGGUGUCCCUCCCCCGCCUCCUGGUGCUCCUGGUCUUGGAGCUCCUCCAGGUCUGGCUGGUGGCCUCAACGCACUCAUCCAGCAGUAUGCUGGAGGCGCCCCUCCCCCGCCUCCCUCGGACAAUGCUCCUCCUCCGCCUCCCAGCGACCAACCUCCCCCACCUCCCCCUGGUGCCUGA